GACUCGUUAGUGAUAAUGAACCUGUGUACUAGUACUAAGCUUUAAUUUUUGGCACUUAUGGUUUCAAAAAUAUCCAUUCCGGUGUAAUUUCACUAACUUGGUAGUAUUUUUGCAUUAACAUGUUGUUAUUAUACUUAUCUGUAGGUAAAACUAUUACUAAUGAACAAACUGUACUUUAAUAUUGUAGUUGGUCAAGGUGAAACAUGUAAUUUGCCAGUCACUUGCCAACCCACAGUGGAGUCUGCCUGAGACCAGAUUCACAGUCAGGUGUUAAAUUGACAGGAAGACCACAGUCAUCCAUGCAGAGAGCUGCUGAACUAUCUUUGACUGGUUCUCUGAAUUUCUGCUAGCCUUAGAGCACCGUGGCUCACCCCAGACCUUGAGGAUGAGUAAGUGGGAAGACCGACUGAAGAAGGUUGAGCAACUCGCUCAGUCAUUCCAGUGCAAUCCUCUGACCACGCACUACAAACCUCGACUCUGGCCGUGCCAGCCCUCUUCAGUCUGGAAACUCUUCCCCCGUCAAUGUCUGGCUGUCAGCUUCGCUCAAAGCUGCAAAGAGGCUGUACAUGUUUUUGCACUUGAGAAAGAAAAUGCAAGUCAUGGUCAAAGGAUCUACCUGGUUACCAGUUACACUGAGCUGUGGUUUUACUACAGGACCUACACUCAGUCCCUGAUGCAUUGCUAUGAGAUAAUUCCAGAGGGUGCUGUUUGUAAGCUUUACUUUGACUUGGAGUUCCACAAGCCCUCAAACAAAGGGGCUGAUGGGAAAACCAUGGUGACCUCUCUUAUCCAGUAUAUGUGUGACAAGCUAGUGGACAUUUAUGGGAUUGAAUGUGCUGCAAGAAAUGUCCUCACUCUUGACUCCAGCACCAGAGAGAAGUUCAGUCAACAUCUCAUCUUCAAUCUCCAAAAUGCAGUUUUCAAAGACAACAUACAUGUUGGCAGGUUUAUCCAUGCGGUUCUUCAGCCAGUCCUGAGCAAAGCCAAAAAAGGAAGUUGCCCAGAUGCUGGAAUGAAUUCUGAGGCAGAAAACUGUGAAAGACGAAGACAUGCUGUCCCUGAGGCUGCUGCAAAGGAUCUAAACAAGGUGGCUGAAAGUCCACAGACUAAGAGGCGUAAGCAGAAAGAGACAGACCUCAGCUUCCUACAGGUUAAAAACAAGGAGGGCCAAGACUGUCUCUUUGUUGAUCUUGGUGUCUACACAAGGAACAGAAAUUUCCGUCUCUACAAGUCAUCAAAAGUGGGAAUGAACGCUGCCUUCACUGUGGCAGAUGACAACCAGUUUAUUCCCAAACCUGAGAAAGGGAUCUCUUCUGAGCAAAGCAUUUUCUUGGCGUCCUUGGUCUGUAAUGUUAGUUUCACAGGUCAAAGAAUUCUCACGUGGGACAUCCCAGAAGCACAGGAAGACGUGAAGACGUGUGAACCUCAAAGCCAGCAAGAAUCAGGCACGAAUCCAGGCUCACUUAUUGGCUGCCUCACGUCCCCUCAUCAAGAAGUGGACAACUUUGUGUUGUCCCUGGUUAAAAAGGAUGGGAUUCAUGGAAGUAUCAGACGAUGGAAUUACUUUGUCACGGAACAACUGCUCGUCUAUGACAUCGCUAAAUACCGCUGGUGUGAAAAUGUGGAAAAGUUUCAUAAAAGCAACAACAUUAUGAUAGUUGUAGAUCUCAAAGAGGAAGUGUGGUACCAGAAGUGUCACGAUCCCGACUGCAGGAACUUCAGAUCGUCAAGUUACCCACUGCCACAGGAGAUCUGUUUGAGCUACAUCAUGACACUGGAUGAGGAGGACCAGGCUUACGUAAUGGAUGACGCUGGCAACAUUGAACUUAGCCAGACACCAAAGCAGGCACAGCAGAGUGCAGUGUGUGCAGUGAAAGAGACUCCUGAUGUCUGGGAAGACAGGCAGGAUGAUCAGGACUAUUUAGAGAGCUUGGAUGACUUUGAACAAACCAGCGGGGAGAUCUCUGACCAGCUUCUCCUCAACUGCGUGGCAGAGUUUAAUUCCCAGUAAAAGGUAAAGAUAUCUUGCACUGGCUGUGCAGCCUCAAAUAUUUUACUUUUAUUAUUAUUAUUAUUAUCAGUGUAACCCCCCCUUUAAGCUCACAUACAGAGAAUGGAGGCUGCUGUUUUAAUGAAUGAUUAGUGAAUGACAAUGUGACAAAAUAUUAAACAUAAAUCAGCAUCAUAAAUGCCGUUAAUGCUGCUUAGAACAGCAUUAGUGUUAAGAUUAAUCAAAUGUUCAUAAGUGAUAAGGGGGGCCUAAAACAAUAACAUAAAUAAUGUUUAUAUAUACAAUCUAUAAUACUUGUAUUACAAUGAAAAACAGUUUUUCACCUAGGAAUAUAUAUAUACAUAUGUAUAUAUACACAUAUACAUGUGUGUAUAAAGACAAAAAAAACGUACGGCCACGUUUAGAAGAAAGUAUUUAUUUGGUACAGUUGACAAAUAUAGAUAUAAUUUGUUACUCCAGCACAAAACUGCACUGUUGCCCUUCUCAUAUCAUCUCUAACAAAAAGCUAAACAAUAACAAUAUGGCUUGAUCUGUCAAUCCUUGACAUGAUUGGAUGUGUGUGUGUGUGUAUUGAGCAGAAACAACAUAAAACACAAUAAAGCCUUUAGUUUAACAGCUGAAAUGCUGUUCCGUUGCUCACAA